GGGGGGCGUUUACAUCCACAUCGUAUCUAUUUGUGUUUAUUUUCCCUGUAACUCUGUGAUAUAGUGUUUUUCCGCUGCGGGGAAACGAUCGAAUUGUGUUACUUUCGCUUUUAUUUACACAUUUUUAAGGAGAAUAAUAAGAAUAAUAAUAAUUUCGUUUACAUUUCUGUAAAACACGGAAUUGACGCUCCUCCUCCCCACUCGACUGGACUGGAGCUCUUCGGACCCACAAGCGCAUUUCCUGACUUGGUCUUGAGGAUCCAGAGCUGCUUUGCGAGGAGCUUCGUGCAUCAUGUCAGUACCAGGAUACCCGUCCCCAAGCCAGCCUCCGUAUCCCAUGCCCCAGCAGGGAGGGUACUCCAUGCCCCCAUACCCCAUGGCGCCGGGGGGCUACGGUGAACCGGGUCAGGCCCCGCCCCCUGCUGGGUUCCACAUGGGCUACCAGCCUCCCCCGGGUCAGACCGUGAUGUACCAGCCGGGACCGGUGAGCCCGGGUCAGCAGCAGGGGCCGAUGGUUGUCCCUGAGUACGGGGGACCCCCGGCCAUCGUGUCUCCAGCCUCGUCCGUCUCUGUCCCUGUGGGGGUCCCGCCCGGCCUGGAAUACCUCACGCAGAUCGAUCAGAUCUUGAUUCACCAGAAAGUGGAGCUCCUGGAAGCCUUCAUCGGCUUUGAGACCAACAACCAGUAUGAGGUGAAGAACAGCUUGGGCCAGAAGAUCUACAGCGCCAAGGAGAAGAACGACUGCUGCACCCGCAACUGCUGCGGCUCUUUGCGCAGCUUCGACAUGAAGAUCAAGGACAACGUGGGCAACGAGGUCAUCAGACUCAUCCGCCCCUUCCGCUGUGCCACCUGCUGGUGCCCGUGCUGCCUGCAAGAGCUGGAGGUCCAGGCUCCUCCUGGGACCACGGUGGGCUACGUUGUCCAGGACUGGCACCCAUUCCUACCCAAGUUCUCGAUCCAGGGCCCGUCCCGGGAGACCCUGCUCAAGCUGGAGGGGCCCUGCUUCGCCUGUAACUGCUGUGGAGAUGUCAGCUUCGAGCUCAAGGGGAAGGACGGCGGGAAACCCAUCGGUCGCAUCAGCAAGCAGUGGAGCGGACUCCUCAAGGAGGUUUUCACCGACACCGACAACUUCGGCAUCCAGUUCCCCCUGGACAUGGACGUGAAGGUCAAGGCCGUGCUCAUGGGCGCCUGCUUCCUGAUCGACUUCAUGUUCUUCGAGAAAGUCGGCGACGCGAAGCAGCGCAACACGGUCUUCUCGUGAGCGGGAGGCCAAGCAAGAGCGAGGAAGGGAUGAGGAAAAAGCCCAUGUCCCAUGAUUCCCGGUGCUGUAUGCAAAUGAGCCUCACUGGCCAGACCCCUGUGGAAAGAUCGCUGUGAAGACACACGCUGGAAAGCUCCGGAAGCCUUUUUCUGUCCUCGCUGUGAAACGCACCCUGCCGUCCCUCGAGCGCAAGUCCCUCUGGAUGUGGUUCCGCUCGGCUCUUCGACCUCUGUUAAUCGUGCGUGCGUGUGUGUAAGUGCUAAGUUAAAGUGUAAGACCUCCCGGAUCUGUCCAUCAGUCUGUUUUUACUAGUGUAAAAUGAAGUUUUCAGAGACCCAGUAAACGCUUUAUUUACUCAUUACUGUAGAAACCAGGAAACUCUGAGUAACUCCUCAAUACACUUGUAUCCGCUUGCAUUAUUGUCACUUUUAAACAUUGUUUACCUCUAACCAACAUGAUUUUUUUUUUUUUCUUCUCCAUUACUGGGCAACUUUAUCCCAUUUGUAACAAAAUCUGUGUUCCAUGCUGGUGUGUGUGUUGUCUGUCCAAUACAGAACUCCAGGGUGGA